AUGGAAAUGGCAAGCAAAGAAGCCUCGCUAGUUACUUUUGAAGCCCAGAAUUUGCAGUCAGGUUCUUUGGAGGGUAGUUCUAGUGAACGCUCUUCGACUCCACCUUUAACGGUGCAACAGCAAUUGCUAUUAUUGCAAAGAGAGGUAACAAUAUUAAAGGAGAGUCAUAAGGUCAGUAUUAACCAUAAUUUAUCUUGGAAAAAUGUUCCGGAUUUCGAUCCCGCAAAAAAUCUAAUUCAUUUUUAUAUGACUGGUAAAAAACCAAAAAUACUCCUAGAUGAAAACUGCUAUUUAUUGCUACGCCGAGAACCGACUAAAACCUUUUGGCGUUGCUCUAAGUAUUUUGGAAAUAACAAAACUGAUCGAUGCAAAUCAAGUUUGGUUAGUACUGGAAAAAAUGUUUUCGUCUACGGAGAGCAUAAUCAUCUUGGGUUUACUCAGUCAAAGAAAUUGAGUAUCGUAGCAUCUGGAUAUACUCAUCCAAAGAAAGUGAAUAUUAUAAGAUCCGAAAUAGAGGAAACAAUUUACUUCGACAUGGCCACCAAACAUCCAAAAAUAAUCCUGGACCAAAACUCCUACUUAGUUCUACGUGAAAAAUCCACAGUAUAUUUCGGAGUAGGCAAACAAAACCCCAAACUAUUAGUCGAUGGACAAUCGUACCGACUUUUCAAAAAAUUUGAACUCAAAACUGUGUGGAGAUGCAGGGAGUACUUCGGAACUAGAACUGAUAGGUGCAAGUCGCGUAUAACUACCACAGGGAAGACUGUUUUUAUUAGUAGCGAUCCACACAAUCAUAUUAUCACAGGCACUUCUAUUAAACGUGACGAAAAUAUGCGGUGUAGUGAUGUUACUAUUUGUAGGGAGAUUAGAGAUGAGUUUAAGGAAUUAUUUAAGUAA